UAUGAAAAUGAGUGUGAGUGUCAAUUGGUGCUCAAAGAAAUGCUGGAGCGGCUUAACAAGGAAGCCGAUGAAGCCUUAUUGCGUAACCUGCACCUUCAGUUGGAAGCACAGUUUCUGCAGGCAGAUAUCAGUGUGGCCAAGGACAGGUACAAAAAGAAUCUUCUGGAAAUCCAGACCUACAUUGGCAUCCUGCAACAGAUCAUCCAGACUGCUCCUCAAGUGUCCCUGGUUACUGGUGGAAUGAGGGAGGAGAAGCUGCUGACAGAACGGGAAGUGGCUGCCCUGCGGAGCCAGCUGGAGGAGGGCAAGGAGGCACUUACUCACCUACAGGCACAGAAGGCUGAGCUGCAGACCCAGACAACAUCCCUUGAACAAGCCAUUAAGCAUGCUCAUGAGUGUUAUGAUGAUGAGAUACAGCUUUACAACGAACAGAUCGAAAGCCUACGGAAGGAGAUAGAGGAGGCCGAGCGGUCUCUGGAGAGGUCGUCCUAUGACUGCAGGCAGCUGGCUGUGGCCCAGCAGACACUGAGGAAUGAGCUAGACCGGUAUCAGCGGAUCAUUGAGAUUGAAGGCAACAGGUUGAGCUCUGCUUUUCUUGAGACCCCCGUCUCUCUGAUCACUCCGAGCCAUGGGGCCUCUCUCAGCCUUGGAUCCAGUGUGAAAGAUCUCACCAGGGCUGUGCAGGAUAUCACAGCAGCCAAACCAAGACAAAAGGUCCUCCCCAAGAGCCUUCCAAAAAGAAAGGAGAUUAUAGCUCAAGACAAAGUGGAUGAAACUCUGGAAGAUGCACAAUUAAAAACUCUGCAAGAGCCAAACCCAGUGCAGGUGGAACUUAAAGCGGACAGUGAUUCUCAGCUGGGGCCAGGGGGUAGGCAUGAAGUAAGUCCAAUACAAGUAGGGGGUCCUGAGGAUGUGCCAGAUGGAGGCCAGAUAAGCAAAGCCUUUGGGAAGCUAUGCAAAGUAGUCAAAGAGAGAAUGAGUGGCCCCAAAGAGCCUGUGCCAGAGCCACCCGCUGACCUCUUCACUAAAGGCCGACAUAUACUGGUCACAGGAGAUGCCAGUUUUGUGGACCCUGAGUUCUACUCCUCCUCCAUUCCAGCUAGGGGUGGAGUGGUGGUUUCCAUUGAGGAAGACUCUAUGCAUCAUGAUGGCUAUGUGGAGCCCUCACCUGGGCAGCCCAUACCACCUGUGGAGAAUGGAAAGGGGGUUCCCCAGGGCAGGGAAGGUGACCACUCAAACCAAAAGCAGGUUACAGAUAAGAAUGGGAUAGGGGCCAAGGAACCAAAAGACCUGGAACAAAAAGGUGAUGACUGCCAAAAGGAAGAUGAGGGGCCCAGGAGACCCUGUCCCGUGAUCAUACCUGGUCCUGAUGGACCACCUACAUCCCAUUCACCAACGUCUGGGUCCAAUCAGGAUGGACCAGAGGGGCCUGGGAAUAAGAGCAGUAGCCUGUUGGCAAAAAGUCCUUCUAAGGCUUUAGCUUUUAAGAAGGUAGAGGUGGUGGAAUCUAUUGAGAAGAUUUCAACAGAGAGUAUUCAGACAUACGAAGAAACCUCUGUCAUUGUGGAAACCGUCAUUGGGAAGACAAAGGCCAACAAGAAACCAGGAGAGAAGGGCUCUUAAAAUGCCAGGGCUCAAAGGAAGGAACUCUCUGGGUUCAGUGUAGGUUAAGUACCUUGAGAUGGGUUCCUGUUUGGAUUAGAUCAUAGUUGACCAGUCUGGCAUUGCCAAUGACCUUCAUUAAAAUGCUUUUUUUUUGCUUGCACCAUA